GGGCAGGAGCUGAGCGACCACCCGCACGACGACCGCCAGGGCUUCCAGUACGACCACGAGGCCUUCCUGGGCAAGGAGCAAGCCAAGACCUUCGACCAGCUCACGCCCGAGGAGAGCCGGGAGCGCCUGGGGAAGAUCGUGGAUCGGAUCGACCGGGACAAGGACGGCUUCGUGACCCAGGCCGAGCUGAAGGACUGGAUCAAGCACACCCAGAACCGGUACAUCUUCGAGAACGUGCAGAAGAACUGGCCGGACUACGACCGGGACGGCGACGGGCGCAUCGCCUGGCCCGAGUUCAAGAACGCCACCUACGGCUACUAUGAGGGGGAGGAGUUUGGUGACCUGGAGGACAAACAGUCCUACCGCAAGAUGCUGGCGCGGGACGAGCGGCGCUUCAGGGCGGCCGACCGGGACGGAGACAUGGUCGCCACGCGGGAGGAGUUCACCGCCUUCCUGCACCCCGAGGAGUUCGACUACAUGAAGGACAUCGUCGUCACGGAAACGAUUGAAGACAUUGACAAGAACGGGGACGGCUACGUGCAAGUGGACGAGUACAUCGGCGACAUGUACACCCCCGAGAGCGGUGAGCCGGAGCCCGACUGGGUGCAGAGCGAGCGGCAGCAGUUCCUGGAUUUCCGGGACCUGGACCGGGACGGGCGGCUGGACCGGGCCGAGAUCGGCCACUGGAUCCUGCCCCAGGACUACGACCACCCCGAGGUGGAGGCCAAGCACCUGCUCUUCGAGUCCGACAAGGACAAGGACGAGCGGCUGACGAAGCAGGAGAUCCUCGACAACUGGAACAUGUUCGUGGGCAGCCAAGCCACCAACUACGGGGAGGAUCUGACCCGCAAACACGACGAACUGUGACCCUGCCCCCCACAACGCCACUGCAAGGACCCUGGGGGGAGGGGACUUAUUUAUUGGGGGGCUAUAUGGAUUGGGAGAUGUGACAUUUACUCUGACUUGUGGUAGGGCACGGACUAGGAGGCUGGGGGCGAGGGGCUGGGAGCCAGGACUCCUGGGUUCUCCGCCACCACCCCCCACACACACACUCUGGGGUUAGAGCGGAGGAAGGGCAGCACUCCUGGGUUCCAUCCCCAGCUCCGCGUGCCCAGGGAGAGCCAUUCCCUUCCCUGUGCCUCGGUUUACCUGUGGGCUGCUGACAGAACAGACACCUCCCCCCUCCCACCUGCACUGUAAAAAGCAACAGUAUUAACACGGGGGGGGGCUGAUGGACACACACAAAUCCCCCCCCCGCUGUGACCGAGGUUUCUAGGCCCCGCCCCUCACUCGCUAUCAAAAUGGCCGCUGUGGUGGGGCACAGGAGCAGCUCCCCCAGCCCCACCCCCCCGCUUCUGCAGCAGGCAUUAGUUGCCAGCGAGUGGGCGGGGGGUGCAGGGAUGGGGGGAUCGGGGCUGCUGGGGGGGUCACACAGCUGUACACACACACGCU